GACUUUGACGCACGUACCAUCGCGGUUCUCAACUCAAACUCAUAAACAUCUUAGUAUUAACUGCUAAACGAGAGUUUAACAUCAUGAAAGUUUUAUUUACUUUGGCGUUGUUGAUUGCAGCUGUUUCGGCGUUACCGCAAUUCGGCUUCGGUCCACCAGGCUUCUAUGGUGGUGGACCUGGCUUUGGUCCUCCACCACCCGGUUUCGGCCGACCUUUUAGAGGCGGAGGCUAUGGUGGAGGUUUUGGCCAUGGUGGAGGUUUUGGCCCUGGUGGCUUCGGUCGAGGCAGUUACGGUAAUCGUGGUGGUGGUGGUGGUGGAAGUGCUUCAUCCUCAGCUUCGUCGAGCGCCAGUUCGUCUGCUGGUGGCGGUCUAGGCGGUGGUUCUUCGUCAGCGUCCGCUUCAGCUUCGGCGUCGUCUUCCUUCGGUGGUGGCUUCCGCGGCUAAGUGUAAUUGACCAGGGCGAAUUUUAAACUAGAUUUAAGUAUGCAAGAAGGCUGAACAGUAGUAAAUAUAUGAAUGUAAAGAAAUUUUUUUUAUUUGUGUACAAAUUUUAAUAAAAAAACUCAGA